CUCCCUUUGCCCGGAAGCUUCCACUGACUGCAGAGGGGGUUCUUAUGCAUGUACUAGGAGUCUGAUGUUCAUUGUAGCAGAAUUGCAGCGCACUGGACUGUACAGAACAGUGUAGCAUACACUGUCUAUGAGGGGUGGGGUUGAGCUACACUAAAAUCCCUAACACGGGCAGAUAGAGGGUGAGAGAGAGUGAGAGGGAGAGAGAGAGAGAGAAGAGGAGGGAGAGAGAGCACCUGAAGAGGAAUACAACAAGGGAUGAAAGGAGACACCCCAGUGAACAGCACCAUGAGUGUCGGCCAAGCCAGGAAGCUGGUGGAGCAAUUGAAGAUUGAAGCCAGUUUUUGCAGGAUCAAGGUAUCAAAGGCGGCUGCAGACCUGAUGGCAUACUGUGAUGCCCACGCCAUUGAGGACCCCCUCAUCACCCCUGUGCCCACCUCGGAGAACCCAUUCAGGGAGAAGAAGCUCUUCUGUGCACUUCUUUGAGACAAACCACAGGAUGGUUAUGAAAAACACUGUCCAAAUAGAACAUAAUGUAUUUACAUGCAUUCACCCCAUACGCAACAAAGCUAACUUUAACCUAUCCAUGUAGCCUACUAUAUAUAUAUAUAUAUAUAUAUAUAUAUAUAUAUAUAUAUUUAUCUUAUAAAAGGCUGCACAUGUACAUAUUCUUUUAAGUAGAAUCUCAAGACCAAUUGGUGCCAUUAUUUUAGGAAAAAAACAGAUCUGUUAAUUUCCAACCAAAAUAUAAAUGUACAUAAACGUAAACAAUACGUAACCAUUAACUUAUGAGUCAUGAUGGUGGCAUUUCAAAACAAAUACACAUCUAAAACACACCAACAAAGCUGAUAGAAUCAUGAACCAUAGCAAAACAUACAAGUGGAUAUACUGUACAUACAAUAUGCAAAAUUACACAGCUCAUAGUCAUAGCUAAUUUUUCAAAUGAACUCAAUAGGCAAAAUGGGUAAUGGAGAGGGGUGACUACACACUUCAUGGCAAAUAUCCAUUACCUGCUCUAAUCUGCCUUUGUUUAAUGGGUUUUUUGUGUGUGAUAUAUUGACAGUCCUUGAUGUCACUUUUUUUAAGCUUUGUUGCAGAAAUGUGUGUGAAGUGUAGGUGCCACUGGAUCAGUAAGAGGGUAUUAAGAGGACAAGGCAAUACAAACUGACCCAAAUAAUUCCACUGGUUUGUACAAGAAGUGGUAAGCUGCCUUAACACAAGAUCAGGGAUCUAAAAAGAGGGGGGGGGGGUGCCCAUAACAAAUACUCAAUGCUGUUUUUAUAAAUGAUAAAAACAGUUUAUUUGUCAAGUGGAUGGAUGCCUAACAAAGAUAUGGCUUUAUUACAACGCUAUUAACUAAAAUAAGAGGUACAUUUAAUAAAUAAUACAUACAAAUUGCUGUUAUUUUUUCCAGACCAGUCUAAGGUUGCUUAGGAAUAUUAUCACUGUUAAGAUCAGUGACACAAUGCAGACCUUCACGGUUCAUAUUUCUUAACUAAAAUGAAUUAAGAGCUCUGAAUAAAAGAAGACGUUGGUAAUCAAAGAUUAAAAUAAACACUGUCACCAAAAACAA